GCCCCGCCCCGCUCAGCGCGGCCCUCGCAGCUCCGGGCCCGGCCCGCCAGCCGUGCCUUUCCAGCUCCUGUUUCCUGCUUUCGCGGCUCUCCAGACAGUUCGAAGCGAGCACGCGGAGGGUUUCCGCGUCGCGCUGCCCGCACGCUGAUUCAAAGCACCUGUAGGAUUCCCCCCGCCUCUCCUCCCCCGUCCCAUAAAAGCACGGCGUUAGGAACAGCCCCACGGUGCGGAGGAAGCUGGCAGCUGAGGCUGCGAUCUCCCAGCCCACAUCUCCCAGCUGUCCUCCCCAUCCCCCCCCCCACCCCGGCUGAGGGGCACCGUGAGUAAAGCUGGGGCUGUAGCGGAGAGAGGGUCCGGAGGGCUCCUCGACCUCUCCUUCUACUCACUGACCUCCCCCAGCCCCAAAUUCUGGGUGAUUCUGUAUCUCCUGAGUGAUCGCUGUGCCCAAUGGGGGGCGGGGAGGCUGCGUAGAAACCUUGAGCACACUCAGCGAAGUAGAACGUGAAUAAGAAUGCAAUCCCUUUGCAUUUAAGUAUGCACAAGAGCGCUGCUGUGAGCAGGUGCUGUAAGAAAUGGCUCACGCUGUGCUCGUGGCCAAAAGUCUCUGCUGUGAGCUUGUUGGAAGGGCGUAACCACGACAGGAGUCACUCACCUUCCCAGGAUGUAUGAUGAGCCGUGCUCUGUGCUGGGAAGCCGUCGUGGCCGGUAAAGCCAAAGCAGAUCCACAGUCCCGUGGCUGCUGUUCCACGCUGCAGGGCUGUGGGUGCACUCUCAGUGCCGUGCCACUUUCUCCCAGCUCCCCUGGCUCUGCUGUCGCUGUGAAGGUAAUGAGUGGCUGCGGGUACUGCGCUCAUCCUGCCUGCACGUGGGGAGGGAGAGCAUAGGUGAGGAUGCCAAGGCUCAGGGAGGGCCUGCUUGGCUGGGCAUGGCACGAGCAGGCAGCCAGGGUGUCACCUCUGUGAUCCUGAGCCACACGCUUCCUGCUUCCAAGCUUUGGGUCCCCUCUACCUCGGGAGCAAACCCUCCUCUCUCUCAGCACGGCACAGUCCAGGUGUUAAUGCUUAAAAUUCAACAACAGUAUGAGGAUCUGUGCGUUUGGGUGUCCUUCAGCAUGCUCGGACAGCAGGUGAUGUGCAAAAGCGUGCCUGCUGCAUAGGAUUUUUCCUCAUCUCUGGCUCUUAGUGGCAUGAGUGCUCCUCUUUAGAAGUACGUAGAGAUUCACAGGGUGCCUGUGGCAUGCUUCAGCCUCCUAAGGGCUUUUAAGCAGCCCCUGCACAUCUUAAAUGCUUGACCUGCAGUUGUGCUGUUUCCCUGUUCCUUUUCAGGAGUGCCUCAUGUCUGCAAGGACUGAAAUCUCUCUUGUGGGGUUUCGCAACUUGUUCUUGAAAGCAUCGUUUGUGUGCAGAAGUGUUGUGGCUCCAACAGGUGUCAGACAGCAGACCUGCACGAUUCACUGCCCGACUGCAAGGGGAGAACUUGCAGCCCGGGAAAAGGAAAGUGAAAAAGCAGAGUGGAGCUUUUGUCCUCCCGUGGAGGGGUGCGUUCCUGUAAAGGAAUGCUCUGACUGAAGUUAAAAGAUAGCUUGGGUUUUUUAGUGCUUCCCGAGCAUGAGUUCAGAAUGAAGCGGCGAUUGGAUGAGCAGGAGUCACCCGUGUACACGUCGCAGCAGAGACGUAUCACCAGCAGCACCGACGCUUUCCAGCACCAGCACCGUGUGCUCGCCCCGGCACCGCCGGUGUAUGAGGCAGUCUCAGAGACCAUGCAGUCUGCCACGGGGAUCCAAUACUCGGUAACUCCCAGCUACCAGGUGUCAGCCGUGCCGCAGAGCUCAGGCAGCCACGGGCCAGCCCUGGCAGCAGUGCACAGCGGCCACCACCACGCUGCCCCAGUGCAGCCACAUGGCAGCCAGGUGGUGCAGAGCCACGCUCACCCGGCCCCCCCGGCUGUGCCCGUGCAGGGCCAGCAGCAGUUCCAGAGGCUCAAGGUGGAGGAUGCGUUGUCAUACCUUGACCAGGUGAAGCUGCAGUUUGGCAGUCAGCCACAGGUCUACAAUGACUUCUUGGAUAUUAUGAAGGAAUUCAAAUCUCAGAGCAUUGACACUCCAGGAGUGAUCAGCCGUGUAUCGCAGCUCUUCAAGGGCCACCCAGACUUGAUUAUGGGUUUCAACACCUUCUUGCCUCCUGGCUACAAGAUCGAGGUGCAGACAAAUGACAUGGUGAACGUGACGACCCCGGGGCAGGUUCACCAGAUCCCCACUCAUGGCCUGCAGCCCCAGCCACAGCCCCAGCCCCAACAUCAGUCGCAGCCUUCAGCGCAAUCGACCCCAACACCAGCACAGCCAGCGCCGCAGCCACCACCCGCCAAAAUCAGCAAGCCAUCACAGCUGCAGGCGCACACUCCUGCCAGCCAGCAGACUCCCCCAAUUCCUCCGUAUGCGUCCCCACGCUCGCCACCAGUGCAGCCUCACACACCCGUGACAAUCUCUCUGGGAACCACACCAUCCCUGCAGAACAAUCAGCCCGUCGAGUUUAAUCACGCCAUCAACUAUGUCAACAAGAUCAAGAACCGCUUCCAGGGACAGCCAGACAUCUACAAAGCCUUCCUGGAGAUCCUCCAUACGUAUCAGAAAGAGCAACGCAAUGCCAAGGAGGCAGGGGGCAACUACACACCAGCACUGACGGAGCAGGAGGUGUACGCGCAGGUGGCUCGCCUCUUCAAGAACCAGGAGGAUCUGCUCUCAGAGUUUGGGCAGUUUCUGCCAGAUGCCAACAGCUCAGUGCUGUUAAGCAAGACGACUGCAGAGAAAGUGGAGUCGGUGAGGAAUGAUCAUGGUGGCACAGUGAAGAAGCCACAGCUCAACAACAAGCAGCAAAGACCCAACCAGAAUGGCUGUCAGAUCCGGCGGCACUCAGGCGCAGGGACAACCCCUCCAGUGAAGAAGAAACCAAAGCUGCUUGGUUUAAAAGACCAGUCAUUGGCAGAAGCCAGCAAGCAUGGUGUGGGGACAGAAUCUCUGUUCUUUGAGAAGGUCCGCAAAGCUCUGCGAAGCACAGAAGCAUAUGAAAACUUCCUUCGCUGCCUGGUUAUUUUCAACCAGGAGGUGAUCUCCCGUGCAGAGCUGGUGCAGCUAGUUUCCCCAUUCCUGGGGAAAUUCCCCGAACUGUUCACUUGGUUUAAAAACUUUCUGGGGUAUAAGGAGUCUGUUCACAUGGAGACAUAUCCCAAGGAACGGGCAACUGAAGGGAUUGCCAUGGAGAUAGAUUAUGCCUCCUGUAAAAGACUGGGCUCCAGCUACCGCGCCUUGCCCAAGAGCUACCAGCAGCCCAAGUGCACAGGGCGGACGCCGCUGUGUAAAGAGGUUUUGAAUGACACCUGGGUCUCCUUCCCUUCCUGGUCUGAAGACUCCACUUUUGUGAGCUCCAAAAAGACACAAUACGAAGAACACAUCUACAGGUGUGAGGAUGAGCGUUUUGAGCUGGACGUUGUCUUGGAGACCAACCUGGCAACGAUCCGCGUCCUUGAGGCCAUCCAGAAGAAACUCUCACGCUUGUCUGCUGAGGAGCAGGCCAAGUUCCGGCUGGACAACACCCUGGGAGGCACCUCGGAGGUGAUCCACCGCAAGGCCCUGCAGAGGAUAUAUGCAGACAAAGCAGCCGACAUCAUUGACGGGCUCCGGAAGAACCCAUCUGUUGCUGUUCCCAUUGUCCUGAAAAGGUUAAAGAUGAAAGAGGAAGAGUGGAGAGAAGCUCAGAGAGGAUUCAAUAAAGUCUGGCGAGAGCAGAAUGAGAAGUAUUACCUGAAGUCCUUGGACCACCAGGGCAUCAACUUCAAGCAGAACGAUACCAAGGUCCUGAGGUCAAAGAGUCUCCUCAAUGAGAUUGAAAGCAUCUAUGAUGAGAGGCAAGAGCAGGCUUCAGAAGACAAUGCUGGGGUUCCCACAGGCCCACACCUCUCGUUAGCCUAUGAAGACAAGCAGAUCUUGGAGGACGCUGCUUCCCUCAUCAUCCACCACGUGAAGCGGCAGACGGGAAUCCAGAAGGAGGACAAGUACAAAAUCAAGCAGAUCAUGUACCACUUCAUUCCAGACCUGCUGUUUGCUCAACGAGGUGAACUCUCAGACGUGGAAGAGGAGGAAGAAGAGGAAAUGGAUGUGGACGAAGCUACCGGAGCUGCAAAAAAGCACAAUGGUGUGGGGGGCAGUCCUCCCAAAACCAAGCUGAUGUUCAACAACACGACGGCCCAGAAGCUGAGGGGCAUGGAUGAGGUCUACAACCUCUUCUACGUGAACAGCAACUGGUACAUCUUCAUGAGGCUGCAUCAGAUCCUGUGCUUGCGGCUGCUGCGGAUCUGCACCCAGGCCGAGCGGCAGAUCGAAGAGGAGACAAGGGAGAGGGAGUGGGAGAGGGAAGUGCUGGGCAUCAAGCGAGACAAGAGCGACAGCCCCGCCAUCCAGCUGAGGCUGAAGGAGCCAAUGGACAUCGAUGUGGAGGAUUACUACCCGGCAUUCCUGGACAUGGUGCGUAACCUCCUGGAUGGGAACAUGGACUCGUCGCAGUACGAGGACUCCCUGCGUGAGAUGUUCACCAUUCACGCCUAUAUUGCCUUCACCAUGGACAAGCUGAUCCAGAGCAUCGUGCGGCAGCUCCAGCACAUAGUGAGCGAUGAGAUCUGCGUGCAGGUCACAGACCUCUACCUGUCGGAGAACAACAACGGGGCCACGGGAGGCCUCCUGGCUUCACAGUCCUCUCGGAACCUUCUGGAGGCCACCUACCAGCGCAAAGCUGAGCAGCUCAUGUCGGAGGAGAACUGCUUCAAGCUGAUGUUCAUUCAGAGCAGAGGCCAAGUUCAGUUAACCAUUGAACUGCUGGACACAGAGGAGGAGAACUCUGAUGACCCUGUAGAAGCAGAGCGCUGGUCAGACUACGUGGAGCGGUACGUCAACUCUGACUCUACCUCCCCUGAGCUCCGGGAGCACCUGGCCCAGAAACCGGUCUUCCUGCCCAGGAAUCUGAGGCGGAUCCGUAAGUGUCAGCGUGGUCGGGAGCAGCAGGAGAAGGAAGGGAAGGAGGGAAACAGUAAGAAGUCCAUGGAGAACGUGGAGAGCUUGGACAAGCUGGAGUGUAAAUUCAAACUGAACUCCUAUAAGAUGGUGUACGUGAUCAAAUCGGAGGAUUACAUGUACAGGAGGACCGCUCUGCUGCGAGCUCAGCAGUCCCAUGAAAGAGUGAGCAAGCGGCUGCACCAGCGGUUCCAGGCCUGGGUGGACAAAUGGACCAAGGAGCACGUCACCCGCGAGAUGGCAGCCGAGACGAGCAAGUGGCUAAUGGGCGAAGGGUUGGAGGGCUUGGUGCCCUGCACCACCACCUGUGACACAGAGACCCUGCACUUUGUGAGCAUUAACAAGUACCGCGUCAAAUACGGCACAAUAUUCAAGACACCAUAAAUGCCCUGGGCCAGGGAAGAUCCCGGGAGAUGUGUGUGUGUGCGUGCGCAUCAAGGAAAUGAGGAAGAUGCCUUUCUCCCCUCACUGUGUAUCUCCGUAACAUGGCCACUUGACUAGUGUGUGGCUGGUACAAGCUGUCACCAGCGGGAUUCUCUGUAGGAACACGGGUAUCCCAGCACCUGCUGGGAGCCCUGCCCGCCGGCCCUUGGACUUCAGCAUGCGCCCCACAGGGAAGGACCCUCCUGAACUUGAGCGGUCCUGGAGAGACGCAACGAGCUCAUACGCACCAGCAGUGUUGAGGCUUUAUUCCCCGGUGGCCUGAGCAGCGAGGGAGGAGAAACGGAGGAGGCUCUCCACCACCUGACCGCCUCGGUGGUCAUCAGAUUCCUUGCUUGGAUGUGUCCCGCAGCCCAGAGGUGCUGGGCUCCCCUGCGGGCCCCCGGAUCCUCGGUUCCUCCCUUCCCUCCCCUCCCUCCCAUGCUGGACUCAACCAGUGCAGAUUGGUCUGUCCUUUCUAGUGCCAGUGGAACUGUUUUUUUUGUACCUGCUUGUUUACUAGUCUCUCCUAGUGCCAUGCACCAGCUUUUCACACACAUGUACGUACACACACACAACAGAGAACAACACAAUUUUAACAUGUUCCCCUCCUUUUUUGUAAAUAAAUGUACAAAUUGUCAA